AUGCCGCCGCUCGUUCCUCGCAAGAGGCUGCGCCAAGAGUCCCCCACAGGCGAGCCGAGACCCGCCAAAGCCGUGAAAGGGAGCAAAGGGAAGGCUCCUGCUGCGGCUCCUCGUAAGGCGACCCUCUACGAUGAUCUGGACCAGACUGAAAGCAACGGCGCUCUGAAGCGUGAGAAUUCGAAUCUGAAGCAUCUUGAAGCGCUCGAUGAGGAGGAGGAUAGCGAUCUCACGUCCUUGUCUGACGCUGAUUUUGAGGAUGCCGCCAUUGACAAGCGGCAGAGGCAAGAGCUCUCCGAGGAGGAAGAUGAUGAAGAUGACGACAUUGAGUUCGAAGAUGUCGAGGCACCUCGCACCUCAAUCUUGGACGUCCAAACUCCCACGGGAGAUCUCGAACUGACCCUCAUUAAGGACCCGAGAGUGCCUUUGACCAAAGCGUUUGGCGACAAGAAAGGACCAUCCAAACGUGAUCGUCAGACUCGAAACGCCAGUCAUUGUCUGCAUGUUCAACUUUUGUUAUGGCACAAUGCAGUUCGGAAUGCAUGGACGUGCGAUCCCGAGGUCCAAGGCAUACUUCUCUCCCAUCUUCCCCCGAGCAUGUGGGAUGAGGUUGACCGGUGGCGCCGCACUUCUGGAUUGGAAGUUGCCAAGGAGGAGACGCCGAAGAAAGCGCCAGCGAGAAAGUCGAAAGCUAGAGGAAGGCCCAGUAGACAGUCUGGGAAGCGGGGAGGAGAUUGGGAUACGGCCGCGACACGGCUAGAACAGGGCACGCCAGACUUGAGCCACGGAGAUCCUCUGUUCCGUCUUAUGAAGGCGUUAACAAUGUGGUGGAAGAAAAGAUUCACAAUCUCGGCACCAGGAAUUCGAAAGCAGGGGUAUAUGUCCCUCGAGCGCCUCGAUCGUCUCGUCAAGGGCUAUCAAAAUGAGGAACACGAUGCUGAGCGUUUCGGAGAGCGAAUCCGGGGUGUACAAGAGUUCAGGACUCUUGCCCAACAUUGUACGGGUAGUCGGGAUGUCGGUGCUCAGCUUUUUACUGCCCUGCUUCGUGGCCUUGGGCUUGAGGCGCGGCUAAUUGCCAGUCUCCAACCAGUCGGUUUUGGUUGGAACAAAUAUGAAGAUGCUGACGAGGAAGAAGAGGAAAAACCAAAGGCAUCAUCUUCAAAACAGGACGGUGCGUCCAACAAGAUAAAGGGGCCAGAUCCCAACACGACAUCUCCGUCAACAGCACAGUCGAAGCAGUCGAAGCGGCCACCCCGGAAGCCGACGGCCAAGGACUCUGAUGAAUCUGAGGCUUUCGAGCUUCAUGCGAUCGAUAGCGAUGAUGAUUCGGUCAUCAUGCUGCCCCCUGUCAAACAGAAUAAGAAGACAAAGUCAUACGACAAAGACCUGGAAUAUCCACAUUACUGGACCGAGGUGCUUUCGCCAGUGACCAACAAGUACCUCCCCGUCGACGCGAUUGUCAAGGCUGUAGUCGCGACCAAUCGAGAACAUGUCGAGUCACUCGAGCCGAGAGGCGGGAAAGCUGACAAGGCAAGACAGGUGAUGGCCUACAUCGUUGGGUAUUCACAGGACGGAACUGCCAAGGACGUGACUGUCAGAUACUUGAAGCGACAGAUGCUACCAGGCCGCACCAAAGGAGUGCGCUACCCUAUUGCAAAGAUCCCGGUCUACAACAAGCACGGCAAAGUAAAGCGAUACGAUCCCUUUGACUGGUUUCGGUUCGCUAUGCGAGGCUAUGGACGAGGUGGGAAGAACCAGCCGAUCACCGACGUGGAUGAGGACGAGGACUCAACCGACCUCAAGCCAGCCAAGCCGGAGAAGAAGGAGGUCAAAGAGGGUGAGGAGACACUGCAGUACUAUAAGCAAUCGCAAGAGUUUGUUCUCGAACGCCAUCUGAGACGUGAAGAGGCACUGCUGCCCAGGGCGAAGCCGGUCAAGGUCUUCAAGAGCAAAGGCAAAGGUGGCGAGGUCAACGAGGAGGACGUGUUUCUGCGAAAGGAUGUCGUCAAUGUCAAGAGCGCAGAGACCUGGCACAAACAAGGUCGAGCACCGAUCCCAGGGCAACGUUCGCUCAAGAAAGUACCCUACCGAGCAGCGACGACGAACAGGCGUCGCGAAAUCGCGGAGGCCGAGGCAGCGACCGGAGAAAAGGUGCUGCAAGGACUGUACAGCUUCGACCAGACGGAUUGGAUCAUCCCCCCACCCAUUGAAAACGGUGUCAUCCCGAAGAACGAGUACGGAAAUAUCGACCUGUUUGCCGAGCACAUGUGCCCAGAAGGCGCAGUCCAUGUCCCGUAUCGGGGUGCGGUGAAGGUCUGCAAGCGGCUCCAGAUCGACUUUGCGGAGGCGGUUGUCGACUUUGAAUUCGGACAUCGCAUGGCUGUGCCAGUGAUACAAGGCGUGGUCGUCGCCGCAGAAUACCACGACCAGGUCAUGGAAGAACUAGCCAAGGACGAAGCGGAGAGAUCGAGGAAAGAGGACGAGAAGCGCCGAAAGGCAGCAAUGGGCAUGUGGAGAAAGAUGCUCAUGGGGAUGCGGAUUGCGAGACGAAUAGAGCAAGACUAUGGCAAGAUUGGCGAAAACGAGCACAUUUUCGGCCACGACCACUCAGCAUCGAGAAUACACGACCUCACGGGUAGCGGCGACAGAGGUCUGGACGACGAGGAGAUGGCUGGUGGCUUUCUACCAGAAGGGUUUGAGGACGAUGCAGAUCAUUUGGCGCCUCAAACCUCGAGCUUCUUUCCCGUUGCUCACGACGAGGAGGACGGAGAAGAAGGUGACGGAGGAUUGAUUGUCGAGGACCAUCGCAAUCAUGAGCCAAGCCUAGCUCUAGAACCGGCUGCUGACCCGGAUGAGCCAGAAUCGGAACCAGAGGUAUCUAAAUCUCGCGCAAAGCCGCGGCGGGCCCAGCCUGGAAAGCGACCCCCACGGGGCCGGCGGCAGAGAUCGCCUCCGCCCGAUGAAGAUGAAGAUGAGGAUGAAUCCGAGCUGACGGAGCUUGAUCUCGACUCGGAUGCGGAUUAUGUAGAUUAG